UGAUGGUUCAACAGAAAUUAAAUUUCAAAACCUGCUUCAUUCAUCGCACGACACAUGGAGACUGUACUGGAGUCAGAGCGUGAGGAGGAAGUCAGGGGUGGAGAGACAUGGGAGGAGGAGGAGGAGGAGGAGGAGGAGGAGGAGGAAACUCUGCAUGUUUCAGCUCCUCAGGAGCCUUUCCUGAAGUGGGACACAGCAGAUGAGCUGUGUCCCGAGUCCUACAGGGUUAACUCCCCCGACGAGAUUCGACUGUUGGCCAUCGCCGACAACUUCCAGCGUCAGUAUUCACACCUGUAUCCUGACCGCAAACCGCUGCUGCUCUGCCCUGUCAACGAAUGUGGUGUGAAGAAGUUUGUGUCCACGACUCUUCGGCCCAUGAUGACAGUCUACCCUGAACUUUUCACCUGGGAGGGCUGUGCCUCCUUUGUGGCUGACUUCCUGUCUCUGGUCCCUUUGGAGCCGCCUGUGGACCUGCCCAGGUACCUGUUAUCCCCCAGCUCGGUGCUGCAGAGUCAGAGAGCCACAUGUUUUGAAUCUGCCGCCCUGCUGUGCAGCCUGCUGCUCGGCGCCCACUACGACGCCUACUGUGUCAGCGGCUACGCUGUCAAACAGAUGUGUCUGCUGGACCAGAGCCUGCAGGAGUGCCCCCUGCAGGACACUGAGGUCAAGAGCGUGACCUCAGAGCAGGAGCCACAGGAGGACAAAUACACAGUGAAACAUGUGAGGGAGCUGAAGAGUCACUUUCUGAUGCAGCAAGAGAAGAAGAAACAGGAUGCGGAGGCUGCGUCACUUCAGAAACAAAAACUCCAGGAGGACAGUGAGCAGCGACCUGCCGAACCCCUGCGAGGACUGCGGGUGCACUGUUGGGUGCUGGUGCUGUCAGGGAGUCAGAGCGUCGAGGAGAACUUCUUCAUCGACCCCCUGACCGGGAGGAGCUACAGCACUGAUGAUGACAACUUCCUGGGCAUCGAGAGCGUGUGGAACAAUCACAACUAUUAUGUCAACAUGCAGAACUGCAGGAAUGGCUGUGCUGAUAUGGUGUAUGACCUGGAAGAUUUAAAGAUGUGGGAGCCAGUCCUGUACGGUGCAGCCAGUAAAAGGCAGCUGAUUCUUGACAUUGUGAAGGAACAGGAGAGGGAGAUGAUGAGCAGAAUAAACGAUGAUGACGAGGAAGAGGAGCAGCCCAGAGUUCUUAAGAUGCCACGAUCCUGGGUCAGUUACAUCAAAGUCUCAGAAAAAGACCUGGAGACCCGCUGGCCCGAAGGACAGAAGGUGACUCACUACAGAAAAGCAAAGCUGGAGAGGUUUGCACUGUACCUGAGGUCAGACGGCCUGGUCACACGACUGACUACAUACAAAGACCUGGACUGCACAGAGGUCGUCAUGGUGAAGGAGUGGUAUCAACACAGAAAGGACCACCUGGAGGAGCGGGAGGUCAACAAGGUCGACAACUUCACCUCAGAGCGCUUCAAACGUGGAAGAAGCUUCCACCUCUUAUUUCACAGGUACACAUCGUCCAGCACAGGCACAGAACACGAGAUGGAGUUCAGCAGUGCUCAUCUUGACAAUCUGGUGCGGAGGGUAAAGUCACCAAGUGAGAUGACGGAGACCUUCGAGGGCCGGGGGGACUUCCUCUACUAUCGACAUGUCGUCCUCGGUCGACACGUCCAGUUCUCAGAACCAGAUGUGGACACCGAUCCAGAUGACCGACCACUGCAGAAAGUAGUGGAGCGUUUCCAUAGGAACAGAUCCAAACCAGCCAGCGAAGACGUGGCCGAGCGAGUGUUCCUAUUAGCUCAAAGACGCAUCGAGGUGACCUAUCACUUAGGGGAUCACAGAUUUAUCCCUUCAAAGAGGAGCUUCACCAAACCCCGAGAGUCAACAGAACAAAAGAAGGCCGGGGUCUUCACAUCUCACAUGGUCACCAGCUUCCAGGUGGAUCCGUCUGAGAAGCCUCUUCAGACUCUGACUCUGUAUGAGAUGCUGGUGGCUCUGAUGACGGACGAGGAGGAGGCGGUUCUCCAAAUCAAAGUGUCUAAGAAAGAGCUGAGAGACAUUGUGGCCUGUAGAGAGCAGGAGGAGGGAGACGUUCAGCUUGACUUCUCCCCGUGGACGACAACAGGAGCUGCCAGGGCCCGCAGCCAGAGACAGGAAAUGGAGCGUCUGGCUGCAGAGGAGCAGAAGUGGCUGCAGGAGAAGGAGAAGGACAUCCUGGCUCCCCACCUCAUCCGGCUGGGCAACAAAGAGACUCUGAGUGCCGAAGACGCCAGGCAGCUCUACCAGGACUGCUUGACCGAGUUUAAACAAAGACUGGUGGAGCACGCCAACCUCAUUCAGGAACACUAUGAAAAGGAGACGCGGGAGCUGCAGAGGAAACAGCAGUGGUACCAGAAGAACCAGCUCCACAUGACGAAGGAGGAGGAGGAAGAGUACCAGACCUACUGCUCUGAGAAAACACUACAAAUACAUGUCGCCAAGAAACGCCUCGUCAUGCACAAGGAAGCAGCUUCUCAGAAGUACCAAACUCUUGAUCAGAAGCUGAAACGAGACCCCCGACUGGCCCCUCACCUGCUCGGCUGAGCCUGACACCCGCCAUCUAAGAUAUUUCUACUGGAGGAGUGGAUUUAAUGAGUUAUUAUCUCUAUCGUCUGUACCCUGUGAAGAGUCUCAUGUCUGGAGCAGUUAGACACAUUUCAAAUAACAAAAAUCAAGAACUGAAAAUUUUUCCAGCAGUGAUGCUGGAACCUCAAAGUGCCUUUAAAAGCAGCAGCUGGAUUUACAUCAAUGUGUUUUGGAUCUUUACAGUCCUGAUGAGUCCCUUUAUCUUGGGUGACUCCCAUGUGUAAGUUGCACUAAAGAUGUCUCACAGAUAAGACACGUUCACCAGAUUCAGCAUUAUUAACGAGUAGGUUUUCACCUAGGCCAGGGGUCGGCAACCUUUACUAUGCAAAAAGCAUAUUUUAACCUUAUAUUGAAGGUAUCUAAAUCAGCUGAUCAACUUUACUAAAGGCUCCAAAUGAGCAUUCAUUAAUAUCUUAAAGUGGCUCCUCUGCAGUGGGCUAUUCAUGAUAAUC